UGUAGCUAAAAUCGUCAUUGAAAAUGUUCCCAAUAUGACAUUUUGCUGAUUUUGGAAGGGUGCUAUUCCAUAACUAAACAGCAUAUAGAUGUAAACCUUAACAAUUAUACAGUGAUUGGGGUAGACUUCGUAGACAAAAAAGGUUGUGUGUGUGCAGUGAAUACAAGAACCGGAAGACAGACAUGAUAAAGAAAUAUCUGCCAUGUCGAGCGGAACUAGUGUGUUAAAUGUGGUUGCUGGGGAAGAGGCAGCACUAGUUUUACAUUACAAAGAUCACCUUCCACGUGGAAGCCUGGUUAACAUUUGUGGACUGGUGUCUGCCGUCAGUGAAGUGUUCAGGGUUAAGAAAGAUCAUCUUUUUCUGAUCCAGCUUGAGAAUGUGUUCAUUGUCAUCAAGCAACACAAAUUCCUGGCAUGGCAGGAACAGAUCACCCCAAAGAAGGAAUUUGUCUUUUCCAAUCUCUGUCCAACCACGCUACACAAGGGUAUUUCAGUUCCAACUAGAGUGUUUGUUCCAUGGACUAACAGUGAGAUGCAUGCAGCUGAUAAAGUGAACAUAUUUACCAUUCGCAUACAGAAAUGGUUGGAAGAAAAGACUGUGACAGAUAUUGAACAUGGCAAUGAUUCGCUUAGCACAAUGACAAAAGAAAACACAACAAAAUUGGUAUCUUAUCAAGGAGUGGUUACUGGCACAGCAUCUGCCAAAUAUGGUAUCUAUGAACUGGAUGGGAAGAUCAUAUUGCAUGUGAGUGCACUACCAGCCAGGCAUAAGUUUGUAUUCUUGAAAAUUGGAACACGAAUUGUAGUCUACAACACUCAUCGUGAAGAAUUCAGAGAGGAACCAAGAAUUCAUUUGCACUGCUGUGUGAUGUCUUGUAUAAAAGUGGAGGAAAACUGCUCUAAUCCACAAUCCAGUCACAUUAAGGUUGAUACAUUUUCUCCAAGUAAUCAAGUGGUCAAGCUGAUUACAAACUUUGGUCUGAAUGGCAGGGAUAUCAGUAGCCUCUUGGACAUGGUGAAAAGAAUCAAGGUUAUAGCAAAGGGCCCAACACAUGCUGAAGAGAUAGUGUCACAUAUUUUGUCUUCAGUUUGUUCUUGGUUGAAGCAUCAUCCAAGAAAUUUUGUUGGUGAAUUUCUGACAAUACCACAUUGCUGUCACCUGUUGGUGGGUGAGUUGUCCGGGAGGAGAAUCCCCAUGCUUGCAGAAAUAAAAGGACUGCAUGAGUCAACUGAUAGCUUGGAUCAAGAUCUAAGUACCCUUAAAAAGAAGUACUCAUCCCAUGACAUGCCUGCCAGUGAACUGAACCAACAAUUGUACUGGAGUUACCUCCCUCGAGUCAUCACGAAGAGUCCACAGCAGAUUCUCGUUGGACGGUUCGAGUUUUCGUCUGUAAGUGGGCGUCUCGUACUGCGUGAUGACACGGGAAGCAUUAAUGUCAUUGUGGUCUGUUCUGCGGCUACGGCUGAACACACUUGUGAUCACCAUUGUCUCGAGGUCUCCCAGGGUAAACCCAUCACCUGCCCUAAGGUGCAGCCAGCUCUGAGUCACUGCCUCGUUGGUGUCAGUAAGUGUGAAGUAGUUACAGAACGCUUUCUCAAUACAGACAUGGCAGACUGUCGUCAAAUUGACAGAGCACAUGUUUUACAAUCGCGGUACGUGACAUACCUGCAGAUAUCGUUGACAGACUGUGUGUUUCUUGACACCAGAGAUGAAUGGCCACCUGAGAGUUGUGAACCAUCCACUAAACUAAUGAGGUUGCCACCUACUGAAGGUGUCCCUGGAAGCAGACCAUCAGUCAGUGAGAGGGCUACUCAGCUGCUUUAUGUAACUCACGUGGAGUCCCUCAUGGUUAAAACAUUCACGACCAGCAGGGCACUGGUAUUCUGUGCUCUAGGUUAUUUUGUUGGUGACUCAACAGAAAUGGGUCAUGAACCAGCAGAGAUUUCCGAUUCGGACGUAGCAUACAGGAUGUCUGGUGCUAGAAGUAAGACCUCCGUGGGUGUAGUAGGUGAUCGGAAAGCUGAAGAUGAUGCUGACAGCAGCCCCGUGGACUCUGGAUGCAGCGUUAUACCAGUGGUUGUGGUGUUUCAUGGCAGGUCCGUGAGGUGGUAUGAAUGCUUGCAAAUGGGAUCAUUUUACAGACUGAUAUCCAAGGGAACUAAACCCUUGUUUAAACUUAAGGCAUUCUAUGGAACGAAACUAAAAGCAGCUGUGGAGUUUUCGCAUGCCAGGAUGUGUUAUCAAGUGGAUGAUGACAUCUCAGUUGAGAAAGUUCUUUCCUCUACAGUAAAGGGAUUGUCUGAAGACAUAAAGCAGAGAUUAGAACCAGCUCCUCUCGAUACAGUUGAGGAAAUUUUAUCAGAAAGUUUUUCAGGGACAGUUGUGAGCUUUAGUGGACAGAUUGUAACCCGCAAACAUUUGGAUCAGAAUGUAGCCACUUCCGAGAAGAUCCAGAUACAUUCAUAUGACAGUGAGGAACUGGAGACAAGAAACAAAACUUUAGGAAUAUCAAUACUGAAGAGAAGAACCGUUUGUCUUGAGGUUGGUGCUUUUCAGAGACAGUCUGUACAAGUGUACAUGAACCUGGACAAUAUAUCGUAUCCUCUCGGCUUGUUGCCAGGAGCAACCGUGUUGUUUACUCGACUGGAAAGACGUGUAUCUUCUAGUGGUACAGUUUACUGUCAGUAUACUACAGUGUCCACGGUCUCGGUGUGUCAAGUGUCCAACCCAAACACAUCCAGUGUGUCAGACAGUACGUGGGGCACUGCUCACCGGGGUGAAGUUCUACAAGUUAACUCACAGCUGGGAGUGCAGUACUUGUCACAACUGUACAAUGGCACCCCUACUUCGGUGGGCAGUUUCCAGGUCCUGUGUCACGUGUGUACGUUCAUGAAGCUGUCUCUCAGAGUGGCGUGUGCAGCGUGUGGCUCACGCUUUACUAGUACAGGCUGUUCCAGCGCACACUGCAGUAGUGUGGAGUCGACGUUUUCCGCAAAAGCAAGUGUUCUGGUAGAUGAUGGAAGUGCUCCAGCUAUUGUUUCCUUCUACAAGUCUGAUCUAGUGCGUCGUGUUUUGUGUUUAUCACAUGAACAGUGGCAUGAUCUUCAAGAUCUCAUUCAACAGCGGGAAGAAGUGUUUAUUCAUCAGUUUAUUGGACGUUCAGGGGUUACCUCGAGUGUGGAGAGUUUUUUGAUGCUGCUUUGUGACAGUGCACACGUAAAGAGACGCCUACAGAUGUGUGUACGACCAGCAUGGACCAUCGCACGUGCCAGACCAGCAGUGUUAAACAUGAACAACUUCACAACAGACGAAUUGCUGUACAAGAAGAUCACAACUGGACUUGAUACGUUUGAAACAAGAUGUCAUCCGUAUCUUCAGUUAGAAUGUCUAGAUCUUCAGGAGGAGAAUUUUGAUCCAGUCAUCUUCCAAAAACUGACUUCUUGAAUUACUGCUAACAUCUUUUGUUGUACAAUGGAUUCAGUUAUUCUUUUGUUGUUCUUCAUGACACUUGCGUAGAACAGCUUGUGUAUCAUAUCCAGGGCUUCUAGAAUGUUGUACAAUGGAUUCAGUUAUUCUUUUGUUGUUCUUCAUGACACUUGCGUAGAACAGCUUGUGUAUCAUAUCCACGGCUUCUAGAAUGUUGUACAAUGGAUUCAGUUAUUCUUUUGUUGUUCUUCAUGACACUUGCGUAGAACAGCUUGUGUAUCAUAUCCAGGGCUUCUAGAAUGUUGUACAAUGGAUUCAGUUAUUCUUUUGUUGUUCUUCAUGACACUUGCGUAGAACAGCUUGUGUAUCAUAUCCAGGGCUUCUAGAAUGUUGUACAAUGGAUUCAGUUAUUCUUUUGUUGUUCUUCAUGACACUUGCGUAGAACAGCUUGUGUAUCAUAUCCAGGGCUUCUAGAAUGUUGUACAAUGGAUUCAGUUAUUCUUUUGUUGUUCUUCAUGACACUUGCGUAGAACAGCUUGUGUAUCAUAUCCACGGCUUCUAGAAUGUUGUACAAUGGAUUCAGUUAUUCUUUUGUUGUUCUUCAUGACACUUGCGUAGAACAGCUUGUGUAUCAUAUCCAGGGCUUCUAGAAUGUUGUACAAUGGAUUCAGUUAUUCUUUUGUUGUUCUUCAUGACACUUGCGUAGAACAGCUUGUGUAUCAUAUCCAGGGCUUCUAGAAUGUUGUACAAUGGAUUCAGUUAUUCUUUUGUUGUUCUUCAUGACACUUGCGUAGAACAGCUUGUGUAUCAUAUCCACGGCUUCUAGAAUGUUGUACAAUGGAUUCAGUUAUUCUUUUGUUGUUCUUCAUGACACUUGCGUAGAACAGCUUGUGUAUCAUAUCCACGGCUUCUAGAAUGUUGUACAAUGGAUUCAGUUAUUCUUUUGUUGUUCUUCAUGACACUUGCGUAGAACAGCUUGUGUAUCAUAUCCACGGCUUCUAGAAUGUUGUACAAUGGAUUCAGUUAUUCUUUUGUUGUUCUUCAUGACACUUGCGUAGAACAGCUUGUGUAUCAUAUCCACGGCUUCUAGAAUGUUGUACAAUGGAUUCAGUUAUUCUUUUGUUGUUCUUCAUGACACUUGCGUAGAACAGCUUGUGUAUCAUAUCCAGGGCUUCUAGAAUGUUGUACAAUGGAUUCAGUUAUUCUUUUGUUGUUCUUCAUGACACUUGCGUAGAACAGCUUGUGUAUCAUAUCCAGGGCUUCUAGAAUGUUGUACAAUGGAUUCAGUUAUUCUUUUGUUGUUCUUCAUGACACUUGCGUAGAACAGCUUGUGUAUCAUAUCCAGGGCUUCUAGAAUGUUGUACAAUGGAUUCAGUUAUUCUUUUGUUGUUCUUCAUGACACUUGCGUAGAACAGCUUGUGUAUCAUAUCCAGGGCUUCUAGAAUGUUGUACAAUGGAUUCAGUUAUUCUUUUGUUGUUCUUCAUGACACUUGCGUAGAACAGCUUGUGUAUCAUAUCCAGGGCUUCUAGAAUGUUGUACAAUGGAUUCAGUUAUUCUUUUGUUGUUCUUCAUGACACUUGCGUAGAACAGCUUGUGUAUCAUAUCCACGGCUUCUAGAAUGUUGUACAAUGGAUUCAGUUAUUCUUUUGUUGUUCUUCAUGACACUUGCGUAGAACAGCUUGUGUAUCAUAUCCAGGGCUUCUAGAAUGUUGUACAAUGGAUUCAGUUAUUCUUUUGUUGUUCUUCAUGACACUUGCGUAGAACAGCUUGUGUAUCAUAUCCACGGCUUCUAGAAUGUUGUACAAUGGAUUCAGUUAUUCUUUUGUUGUUCUUCAUGACACUUGCGUAGAACAGCUUGUGUAUCAUAUCCAGGGCUUCUAGAAUGUUGUACAAUGGAUUCAGUUAUUCUUUUGUUGUUCUUCAUGACACUUGCGUAGAACAGCUUGUGUAUCAUAUCCAGGGCUUCUAGAAUGUUGUACAAUGGAUUCAGUUAUUCUUUUGUUGUUCUUCAUGACACUUGCGUAGAACAGCUUGUGUAUCAUAUCCAGGGCUUCUAGAAUGUUGUACAAUGGAUUCAGUUAUUCUUUUGUUGUUCUUCAUGACACUUGCGUAGAACAGCUUGUGUAUCAUAUCCAGGGCUUCUAGAAUGUUGUACAAUGGAUUCAGUUAUUCUUUUGUUGUUCUUCAUGACACUUGCGUAGAACAGCUUGUGUAUCAUAUCCAGGGCUUCUAGAAUGUUGUACAAUGGAUUCAGUUAUUCUUUUGUUGUUCUUCAUGACACUUGCGUAGAACAGCUUGUGUAUCAUAUCCAGGGCUUCUAGAAUGUUGUACAAUGGAUUCAGUUAUUCUUUUGUUGUUCUUCAUGACACUUGCGUAGAACAGCUUGUGUAUCAUAUCCAGGGCUUCUAGAAUGUUGUACAAUGGAUUCAGUUAUUCUUUUGUUGUUCUUCAUGACACUUGCGUAGAACAGCUUGUGUAUCAUAUCCAGGGCUUCUAGAAUGUUGUACAAUGGAUUCAGUUAUUCUUUUGUUGUUCUUCAUGACACUUGCGUAGAACAGCUUGUGUAUCAUAUCCAGGGCUUCUAGAAUGUUGUACAAUGGAUUCAGUUAUUCUUUUGUUGUUCUUCAUGACACUUGCGUAGAACAGCUUGUGUAUCAUAUCCAGGGCUUCUAGAAUGUUGUACAAUGGAUUCAGUUAUUCUUUUGUUGUUCUUCAUGACACUUGCGUAGAACAGCUUGUGUAUCAUAUCCACGGCUUCUAGAAUGUUUAUCAAAUCCACUAGCCAUGGGAUCAGUGAUUUUUAAAAAUUCACUAGCCAUGAUUAAAAAUUCACUAGCCCUACUUUACUUUAAGUUAAUACAAUUUUACUAAAUAAUAGUAAUAAUCGGAUACGUCACCUAAAACGGGAGAUAGAGCUUGAAAACACUAACAUUGGGGGUUGGGGUGAGGGCAGGAUAUUCAUAUUUACAAAAGAGACUUGACUGCAACAUUUGACCAACACAAAUUCACUAGCCGUCGGGCAUGGCAAUAAUAGUUAUUUACUAGCCCAACAUUGAAUAUCACUAGCCAUGGGAGUGGGGCUACCAUAAUCUAGAAGCCCUGAUAUCCCUCUAUUGGAUACACUAACAUAGCACUGUAGCGUUGACAUCGACAUGUAGGUGAAUGUUUCUGUUACAAUACUCUAACUAAUCCUUCUAUAUACUUUCUACAUCAGAAAAAAUAAUCACUUUGAUAAUAACUUGAAUGUCCACAUUCCACAAGUGUUGGUGCAUGCUGAUUAAUGAAGAAAACCCCCACAGUAAAGUGCUGCAGCUAUUUAUUAUAUUACAAUGUUUGGUGACCUGUUAUGACUUGCCUUGGUGGUGUAGGGAUAUGCUGUUGGCCCUGAGUCGGGUGGGUACUAUGUUCAGGCCUAACGUGUGGAAGUGUGUGUGUGUGUGUGUGUGUGGUGUGGUGUGGUGUGUGCGUGCGUGCGUGUGCCCAAUCUCUAGUGGAGGGAGGAGGGCACAAGGCAGAUUUUUAUAAAUCUUUAUUUAUGUAGACAAAAAACUGGACAUCUUCCAUUCUCAAGUAUUCUACAGGAGUGUUCACGUAUUCUACAGGAGGAGUGUUCACAUCCAGGUGCCAACUCCAGAACUGAGUGAAUUUUUAUGGUUUACAUAAGGCCACUAAUCAUACUUCUCUCUCACUUACAGCAAACCACUUAGCCACUUUCCUGGACAGAUAGCUGAGCACGAGACACCGUGUUUGAACCUUACUUGGAUAUAAGAAUGGAAAUUAUGUCAAAAUGAAUAAAUGAAAGAUAUAUUGUGAUAAAUGGUUUAUUAAAAAGUAAUAUAACUUGGUGCUAAUUACUGUUUUGUUGUUCAUUAUUAGUCCUCUACCGGAUCCAACUGGAAGGAACUAUAGGUUUUGUCUCCAUCUCUGUGUCUGUCUGUCCAUCUGUCCCACAUAUUGUUUUCAGGGCAUUUUUAUGUAUAGCGUGAUUAUGUACUGUUACAGAUCAUGUGUGACUUUCAUGGUGAUUGACCCUUUUUUGACAGAGUUAUGGUCCUUUAACUUGGGAGAUACAAAAAUUUAUUGGGCCAGUAGGGGACAUGUAAUGGUUUAGUAGUACUCUCCGGAUGCUUAUUGAAUUAACUGUUUUUAGAUUCCCAAGCCUUCCAGGCAGCGAUGGUGCUAUGUUGAAACUUUUACAGCCAUUAUUUUUAGUCCACACAUAUGUCAGUGUCUUGUAACCUGAACAAUUGAAUAAAAACUCAUGAGAUCAGA